AUGGCCCCCUCUCCGGCUCCCUACGACAGAUCGGCUUAUGCCGAAUUGGCGCCUGCCACCGGGGCCACAACCAGCGCUUCCAUACCAGCAACCGCCGCGACGGCAUCCUCUCCUUCGGUCCCGCGUACAGCGCAUCUACACACCAUCACUACUAAUACUUCUCCAACCCACCACUCAUCAAGCCAGAGCCCAACUCAACAGCAAAAGUCCUCGCCACCAAGCGCCCUUCGCAAUGUUUCAAACACAACAGGGCCUAAGAUUAUUGUAAAGAAAGAACCAGGGUCUCCGGAUAUCCCUACAACCCGACAUCGUCCACGAAAGCUGGAUCUGUCUAAGAACACUCUCACCGGCUCUGGCGCAGCCACGGCACGACCAGCGCUUGGCGGCAGAGAUGGGCUAGGUAUCCAGGAAGUUGGUUUAGCCUGUCUUUCGCCUGGUUUUGUCACACAAGAUCCUGUCAUGAAAGAGCAUCUGCAGCAAAGUAUGAAUGUCAAGGAACAGCAACGUCGCAUCAUUGAGGCGAGGCUUCAACAACAGUCUGCAAAGGGAGAUGGACCUGCUCCUGGACCCGGGAUAGAUAAUGGCAAGGAUAGAGACCCUGUGAGCCAGUUUGCGGCUAAGACACCAGGCAUGUCAAGGCGAAACAAAGCACCUCCAGGAUUAAGUAUUGUUGCGCCAUCACACGAACAAUUCGCUCACGAGAGGGUUAUUCAGUCCGCACCCCUUGGCCAAACAUUCACGGGUCGCCAUAAUCCCCAUCCUUUGACCCGACAAGUGACAAAUCACCCUUCCAACUUAUCUAGCGCUUCACAUAUUCACCAUGUUCCCGCACACCAAACUAAUAACCGUUUACCUCCCAUCUCAGAUGUUUUCGCUAACCAAGGUUUACCUUCCCACGGCGAGGCAAAUCGGCAAUUAUACCCAGGCUCGAGUCACGCUCCUUUGACAUCUCCUGCUCACCCACCUCCCACUCAUGCUCAGGCGCCUGUCUCAGGUCGCCCGAGAGAGUACAAAUCCGCAGAAGAAGCGCAACAUGAACUGGCCGGUGGGCGACCCGAGUUAUUACCAAAGCUUGUUCAUUACACUGGCCAUCAGCCACCAACCCCUCCAUCUCCCAGGAAUGGGGCGCCGGCUCAGGAUGGAAGCCGAAGUGCGAGUAAGAGGCGCACCCGGGCCGAAUAUGAGGAGGGUGCCAGUCCGCCCCUUGGACAUGGACCCUCAGCCACCCGACGGGGACCAUUUGGUGCUGGACGCGAUAGCCCAGAAACACAACGUCAGAAGCGCGAUGAGUUCCUUCGCUUAUGUGAAAGAGCGUGGGAUUUAUUCCAUUCGUGA